AUGGCGCGUCGCGAGAGCCGCGCCGCGAUGCCGGACCGGCUCAAGGUGGCGGCGCCGGACGACAGCUCGGAUGAGGAGUGGAACGGAGACGACGACGAGGAUGAGGAGGAGGCCGGUCGCGUUUACUUGGACGCGUCGAAGUGUGGCCGCGUGCGCUUGCACGCGGUGCAAGGAGCUGCGCAGUCGUCCUCCGGCCUGGGGGUGGACGACGAACGGCGCAAGAGCCUGGCCGACAAGGGCUGGGCACGCCGCACGGUGGCGGUGAACAGCGUGGGUGCCAGCGGUGCGGCGAGCUUCGAGUUGGUGCCGGGGCGCGAGCAGUUCGGCCCGGGCGACGAUGCGGCAGCCGAGUGGGAGCGGCAGAUGCUGCAGUUCACGGAGGACAACUUCGAGGACACGGGCAUCGAGGUGCGGUCGAUGGACAAGCGUGAUCGCGAGAUCGGGCUGUUCGGCGACUUUCUGGAGCGCGUGAAGCACGGCAAGUUCGUCGAGUGGCGGGCCGACCCGGAGCACGCGGGGUUGUACAAGAAACGGAAAGGAAAAGAGACGGGGUGCGAGAGGAAAAGCUUGUUCAGCCUAAGCCGUUACCGCCUGGUAACGCCGAAGAGAUCGGUCGGUCGGGUGGGUGAAAGGAAAGGAAAACAGACGGGGUGCGAGAGGAAAACCUCGUACAGCCUAAGUAGAGGCCACCCAUGUGCACAAUAUCUUGACUGA